CUGUCAAUUCUGCCAACACUUGCUUAAUUAAUGGAACCUGGAAAUGAGCCAAGCAAUUUUUACAUAACACUCUUCAGCAUUUAUUCUUCAUAGCAGAGCUCAUAAGCAUGCACACACCCCAAUUAAUUAGGGACCUGGGAGUAGUGAAGCAAGUAAAAAUGCAACUAGAGCAGCAGUGGAAAAAGCUUGAGUUUCAUUGAGGACAAAUGAGAUAUCAUAUUUGGGGGUGAUGAUUGGCAACAAAAACAGUCCUAAUUAUAUGCCACUGUUGCAUCUCUGCAAUAUCAUUGAGAGAGCUAUGCUUUUGAGUGAAAGGAGGAUAAAUUGCCUAUCAAACAAGACUGGGGGAUAUCUCAAAGAUGCCCAUGACUUGUGUGCAAAGUAUAUUACGUGGAUAAAGAUCAGUAUGUGAUAAUCUGUUGGUAAACAGACCAUAGUGUUCAGAAAUUUAAGAUUAGAACAGGAAUUACAAAUGCCCAGUAUGUAAAUGUAAAUGUCAGGAAUGAUUUAAAAUGGGUCUCUUUAACUUUUAGCUUUUCUAUGACAGAAAUGUAUAGUAUAUUAUGUUUUAAGUUCCUAUCAAUUUUUUUGAAUCAGUUUUGAAAUCUCACAUUUUUAUUUUUUCAAAACUUUUUUAGGCACAAGUUCCCACAAACAGUAAAGCCAAAUUUCCUACAUAAAUCCCAGGGGAUAAUUUUAAUGCAUAUCAUGGAACAGAGUGUAUUCACUCUGUUCAAUGGUUUUAUUACAGCCACUAAUGAGAUUAUCUCCUAGUUUAUUUUAUAUCACUGGCCUUUUUGGCUUUGUUGGCAUUUCUUUGCAGGAUUUGUUCUUGAACUGCUAUGAUCGUUCCUGCAGUUUCUUUUUUAAUAUAUUCCAGAUUUCAACCAGAGUCAUAUUGUACUAGCACUAUUUCUGGAUAUGUAUAAUCUGUGAAUGUCACUUCUUUGGUAAAUAGCAUGAUGUACAGUAAUUAGUUUUCCUGUUUUCCUACCCAGUUUGUUCAAUCCAGGUUGGGGACAGUCAAUUAUCCCUGCUGUUUAGCUAAUUACAUGGACUGACCGAGUAUUUCUUGCUUUACUAAUGUUUCCAUAAUGUAAUUCAAAACAUUUUUUACUCAUUUGACAUAAUUUGAACUCAUUAUCUUUUUAACUAAAUCAAAGACUUCUAUUAAUCCUAAAUUCAAUUAUUAUUUCAUUUUUUGAAAAGUUUUAUAUAGAAAUCCACCAAACAUUGUUGCCAAAUUAUAAUCAUAUGACCUAAUAUAAGUGAAAUCAAAAUUAAUUUUUCUAUUGAUUCUGCCCACUUGUUUCUCCUAGAGUAGGGCUGUCAAACUCGCAGGCCGUGGACUGGAUGCAUCACCCGCUGGCCACGCCCACACCCAGUUUAGCAAAGUGGGGAAAAAGCCAUGAUACGUCACGUAAUUCUGCCAUGGCGCCACGAGUUUGACACCCCUGUCUUCAAGCCUCUACUUUUUGGAAUGUAACCCAUAGAACUCAUGUUAAAGAUCAAAGAUACCUCUCAGUCUUUUCUUGGGUGCCUGCCACAUUUGAUCCUCUCACCAUUCAAAAAACCAACCAACCCCCAGUUCCUUUCAAAUUUGAGAACCAGAAACUUGGACACAUAUUCAGCCCCUUGUUGUUGGACUUGCAAAUACCAGGCAAACCCCAGGAUUCCAUUAUGAUAUCAUCACAGGUGAUUUAGGUAGUGCAUGAGGUCACAUGGGGCAGAGGAAAUGUGGGUCAUGCCUCUUCUAGGCAAAUAUAUUUCUUCUGAGCUAACACGGUGAUAUUUGUAGGAAGUUCUUUGUUCAGCAUUCAAUUUAAACGUGGAGGACCCCUUUAAAAAGAGGGCAAGAUGCAGCUGCUUGUACUUCUGUUUCUGGUCUCCUCAAUGACUGUCUCUUAUACAAGUAGGUGGAAUCCCUUUUUAAUGUGUUUAUUCCAUAUAUCCCAGAAGAAAAACCAUAAUUUUGGAGCUGUCCACGUCAUACUGUAUUAUCACAGAGGACUGGCUAAGACAUACAGUUCCAAUGAGCUUACACUUAACUUUCUCACAUUUGGGAAAUGGGCACAAAUUUAGAGGAAUGAAUUCCACUUUUUUAAAAACAGAAUUAAGAAUAUUGCCUGCCGUACCGAUUUCUUCAUGUGGCCUGAGUUCCAAAUUCAGAGCCACUUCCUGGACAGUACCAAGAAUCAAAGAAGGAACCACAGCAAGGACAUCUGAAGCCCUACCCUGGCAGGUCAGCAUUCGGACCAAAGACAAGGUUAUUUGCAGAGGAGCAAUUCUGAGCAGCUGGUGGAUCCUGUCUGCAGCUCACUGCUUCAAGGAGGACCUUUCUUUAGAUCUCCCCAUAGUGGUCAUCUUGCAUGGGAAACCUUCGGAGAAAAAGAAGUUGGACAUGGUGAUCAUCCAUGAAGACUUCAACAGUACCAGUCUGAGAAACAACAUUGCUUUGAUCUUAUUGGAUUCUCCCAUCAACUUCAGUGAAAAAACGACACCAAUUUGCUUGCCCUUGUUGCAGGACCUCAGCAUAUGGCAAGACUGCUGGGUUGCCACAUGGAAGACUAUAAUGGCUGAUAAUGCUGAGAAAUUAACCCACAUAUUAAUGAAGGUAGAAGUAACUCUAAUUGACAGAGACGUAUGUUCCAAGGAGAUCCAAGGGUUAAUCGGGAAUGUCUUCUGUGCUGUUUCUAAGGAAAACAUGGAGGAGAACUGCGAGGUGGACAGUGGGAGUCCCCUGUUCUGUGAUUCUGGAAGCAACAUGAAAUGGUUUGUGGUUGGCAUAGCAAGCUGGGGAGGUAACUGUGACCCAGAGGCAAGCCCCAUGGUCUACACUGCAGUCUUCAGCUACCUUGACUGGAUACAAAAGGCCACCGCACAAGAAGGAAAGCCCUUUAUUCCUGAAGGAGCAGAUGACAUUGGACCUUACAGUCAAGUCUUUAUCCCAGAUUCUGCUUCCGGUUCUCCCCUCCUUUCAAUGACCUGCGCAAUUGCUCCAGUUUUGCUACUGAUGGAUCCAGUUUACUGAACUGAACAACUCCUUUUUAUUGUAAAAUUCUGAUAUUGUAUAUUGAUCUGCCCCCAAUCCAGCACCAUCCUAAUUUCUGUUCUGCCAGAAGGAUGAUCGGAGCCUGUUUAUCUGAUAUUUUUGGAAAGCAAAUAUUGGAAAAGGUUGCUGGAAGCAGCUAUAACUCUCAGCAGAGGCUCCUCAGACUAUUAUACAUGUAUAAUAAAUAGUUUUUUAAAAAAGAAUUAAAGCUUUUUGUACUGAAGUAAGAACACUUCCUGCACAAUUCCAAGCACUAUCUUUAAUUAUCUAUUAAAAGGGACCUGGGUGUGUAUUUUGUGCAAGAUAGGGAGACAUCCUGUGGCCACACUGGAUAUUGCAAGACACUAAAGAUCUCAAGGAAUAUUUACCGGUACCUGUAUAAAAAACGUUUGCGGUGACAAUUUAGGGUGAUCCUACAUCUGCUUUUCCUUCUGGGAAGCCUUCCAGAAUUUAUUAUGCUUGGUCUUCUUUCAUAAUAGCACUGUCAUGAUUGGUAAUUUAGACUCAAGACUCAAUCUUGAUCUGUUGGUAUUGUAGCAUCAUAGAUAUGGCCCCAAGAUAUUUGGCUAUUAUAAAUGUUGAUCAUUGUAUGAAAUUGUACUUUGGGAAGAGUUCUGGGCUGAAAAAGCUGCCCUGCAACGACUGUCGAUUUCCGAGGAGGGUGAGGGUGAUAUGGAUUCCUAGUCCCAAGAUAUUGCAGUCUCCAUUAAAAUCUGCCUUAAAUCAAAAGGAAAGUCAGUUUCCUUAAAUGACUCUCUGCAGGUAAAACCAAUAGCCAGGCUUAUGCAAAAGCCUGUUAUCCCAGGGACUGCCUGCAGGUAGUUGUUAGGCCUCCAGAAAACACUUUCAAAUGAGACUCCCUCCCACUACUUCCCACAACUCCCGCUGUGUUUGUUGCUGAUUGGAUUUGUACGGAAGAGAUAUUUGCAGCCCUGUUACAAACUAUAGGAAUGUUGGUUUUUAGCUUAGGACAGAUUUUCCCCCAAUCUUGGCAGCUUGAAGAUAUGUAGACUUCAACUCCCAUAAUUACGAAGCCAGCUUUAUUUAUUUAUAACAUUUAUUGGCCGCCCAUUCACCAUAGGGUAACUCUGGGUCGUUCACAGUCAUAAAAAUCUAAUCUAAUCAUAUAAAUCAAAACAGAAAUAAAUAAAAGCUAAACAUUAAAAUCUAAGGAUAGGUGGGGAGGGCGGGGAUGGAGUAGUAGGGAAGUGGGAUCUGUUGUUACUCAAUCAACCACCUCCAGUGUGCUGUUCCCCCAUUGGGACCCCAAGCCAACUGGCAGAGUCAUGUCUUCAGGCCCUUACAAAAGGUGGCACAAGUGAGGCAGGCUAAUUCCAGUGGGGUGAGACAGUAACCUGGACCCAUGCCAUAAAGGGCUUUAAAGGUGAUCACCAACACCUUGAAUUACAUCUGGACGUAGGCCAGCAACCAAUGCAGCUCACAGAGCAGUGGUAUUACAGGGGCCAUUGUUGUCCCCCCCCCCAAACUGCUUGCACUGCUGCACUCUGCACCAGCUGUAGCUUCUGAAUGCUCUUCUAACGCAUUAUAAUAGUCCAACUGUGAGAUGACUAGAGACUGAAUGACCGGGUACAGGGAAUCCUGAUCCAGGAAUGGCCAUGACUGGUGCACCACACAAAGUUGUGCAAAGGCUCUCCUAGCCACAACUGCCACCUAUUCCUCAAAUAGGAGUCACGAGUCCAGGAGAACCCCUAAGUUGUGAACCGGUUCUUUCUGGGGCAGUGUCAUCUCAUCCAGAGUCAAAGAUGACAGAGUCCUAGAUCCUGGAACCCCAUGUAGCCAAAGCCAUUCGGUCUUACCAGGGUUCAGUUCAAGCCUGCUGUCCCCCAUCCAGGCCUCCAUACCUCCAGGUACCAUGAGAGGGCAUCAUCACUUGGGUCACCACCAGUGGUGGGUUUCAAAAUUUUUUACUACCGGUUCUGUGGGAGUGGCUUGGUGGGUAUGGUUUGGGUGGCAGGGGAAGAAUACUGUAAAAUCUCCAUUCCCACCCAACUCCAGGGGAAGGAUACUGCAAAAUCCCCAUUUCCUCCUGAUCAGCUGGGACUCGGGAAGCAG